CUAAUGGCGUUAAAGGGAAUUUGACAACAAAGGGCGAAAUCGUUCUGAAUGUAACUCGCGUUGCACGAAGGAGUUGCCCUCUCUCAACAGCAUCAAAUUUAUGAUCGCCUCAGACAAGAAAUGUUUUAAAGCUAGAUGCGAACCCGACAAAGUAAUGUUGUUCUGGUGCAAUAUGCAACCGUUGUGAACAGUUGAAAAUAACUUCACAAUGUGGGAAUUGGUUUGAGCUUUAAUUCUCCACGGAUGGACCUGGUGUCUGUCGGCUGAGACAUCAUUUACAAUCCGCGGAGAGACUGACGAGGCGGGACCGCUGACAGGAUGAUGGAGCGGUCGGACCGAGCCCCUCUGCUGGACUGGGAGGAGGUUCCGUCCGCGGAGAAGCCCGGCGGAGCGGCACCGGCGUCGGGGACCGGCAAGGACCGACUAUCGAGCCCCUCAAACAGCCGCGCUUUAUUAGGAUGCUCUGCGCCAGGGUUUGGGUGGAGCAGCGGUCCGGGGGGUCCCACUUCUAGCAGGUCUGUCUCAAACACAGACGGCUGCAGCGCCCCGCCCGCGACCUCCAACACCCCGGCGGGCACGGAUGAAGCGCUGCAUUCAGACAAGGAGGAGCAUCCCUCGGAAUUAGGACCGAGGGAGGUGUCGCUGGAAGACAGGAUGGUGAAAUGGGAGGAAAAGGACCAAAUCGUGUCUGUAUUUGUUGUUACAUUCAACACCAGAACAGGCAACAUGCUAGAGUGGUGUCUGCCCAAAGACAUGGAUCUGGAGGGAGUAGAGUUCAAAGCUAUUGCUAGUGGCUCCCACCGGGUCUCCACUGACUUUAUCUACUUCCGGAAGGGCUCGUACUUUGGCUUGGCUUGCUUUGCCAACAUGGCAGUAGAGAGUAUGGUGGAAAGAGGUGCGCGGAUGAAGUCUGUUGGGAUCCUGUCACCGUCCUACACCCUCCUCUAUCGCUACAUGAGCUUCCUGGAGCACCAGGUCAGGCUUCAGCUCCAGUCCCCAGGCCACUACUCUCCCCUAGAGGCUUUCUAUGAGGACAAGAGAGCACUUCUGCCUCCAAGUGGUGACGGUGUUGUUACUGCAUGUCCAGCUAAUGCCUGGGGAGCUGUGCUCAAUCACAGCAUGCACCCUGAAAUGAAGAUCACCCACCCAGCAGGCUGCAUGUCCCAGUUCAUCCGCUUCUUUGGGGAGCAGAUCAUGGUGUUGUGGAAACUGGCUCUACUCCGCAGACGCAUCCUCAUCUUCUCACCACCUCCUGUAGGGGUGGUCUGCUACAGAGUGUACUGCUGCUGUUGUUUGGCAAACAUCUCCAUUCCCGGGGUCGGUGUGGCUGUGCCUGAGUUCCGCCCUUUCUUUUAUGUGAAUGUGGCCGAUAUCAGCGCCCUGGAAAAUGAGCUCUCUUACGUAGCAUGCACUACGGAGAAGAUUUUUGAGGAGAAGAAGGAUCUAUAUGAUGUGUAUGUCGACAAUCAGAAUGUAAAGACCUACAGAGAUGGUCUGAAGCCUCUGCUCCGCCUCAGCUCUGCAGACAGAGACAAAUAUCGCAAACUCACAGAGCAGAGGCAGAUGUUGCUGUACUCUCAGGAGGAGAAUGGAGACUGUGUAUCCAGUGAAGAGGAUCUCUUUAUUCUGUUUUUCCUGGAGCAGAACAACCGCAUUUUCCAGACACUGAGUGAGGUGGCAGGGAGCCCUGAUCCCACUCUGACCCAGGAGAGUGUGAGGGCCAUGGGACUGGAUCCCCAUGGAGACAGGCUCUUCCUGCUCCACCUGCUGGAGAUCUAUGGAUAUGACACCCUGCUGGUAUCAGAGCAGCUCUGCUGCAGCUGAGACUAUCUAGCUAGCUUUUCACCACUGUUGAUUUAAAAAAAAAAAAAAAAAAGGGGUUUGCCUUGAGCCAACUUGAGUGCUGCGCUACUGGUUUCUUCAAGUCUUCGGGACUGUUUGAGGCUGUCUCUUACAUUCAUUUUUGCUGUCUCUGUUGUGUUUCCUCUCCUCAAAGGUGCUCUGCUCUCUUAUCCUGACAGCAAGAGCACAGACAACAUUAAUCCUUUCAGUCUUGUGAACAAGUGCAAUGUGGCCAGUUGUGCUUGAUGCAGCCUCUUGUAGAACGUUUACUCACCAUUGGCUGAUUCAGCGUGGUUCUCUUGACUGGAUACAGCUGCUGUAUUUUAACACUAGAACAUCCAUCCAAACCCAAGCUGGUCAUGUUCAGGACCCUCCAUUUUUCUGAUAAAUUUCAGAUGGGGUUUGACCAUUUUGUGUCAGUGGUGGGGUACUCCACAAAUACGUGUGGACAUAUAGAAACAUCAGGCUAAAUGAGAAGAAGCUACAUGAGAAGAGAUGGAGUCAGUGAUUUGAGCAGGUACAGGGAGAGCAUGUGGUAAUGACUGAAGGUGAAAGAGUGGUCGCCUUUCUGUAAAUAGACGUGUUUUUUUCCCCCUUCUAUGUACAGUGUGUCAGAGUAUGUGUGAUUUGGCAUCUGCCUUUUUGCCAGUGUUGCUCUCCUUGUAUUAAGUGCUGGAAUUAAUACCAUCCUAUUUUAAGCCUCUGUGUCCAGAUCAGGUCCACUUUUCUUGAAAUGUCAUUACUAGCAGUUCAAACUGCCUUUGUUUUUACAUGUCAUGUCUGUAAAGACGGCUAUGUAACUGGUAUGUAAUGCAACAAAUGACUGGUUAAUAGAUUUUUUGUAGUGUUGCAUAUACUGUCAACAUUUACAGAAGCCAUUUCAGCAUAGAUUAUGACUAAACGACUUCUUUAGACAUUAGGUGAUAGUGAUGUCCACAAGGAAAUAGAAGCGUUUUGAGGUGACCUGCCAACUGACUCUGACUGUCAGCUGGGAUUGCAGUUCUGAGGAAUAAUAUGUUGCUGAAAGAUGUAACCAUUUCUUUGAUGCUGUUCUCAAAAAUUUAGUUUUGUUGUUAAUACUAGUAUGAUAGAAACACCGAGAUGGACAGAUCUACUUAAGAGUGUGCUUAUACGCAUUCAUUUUAAGCUGUACAUUUCAACAGCAUAGGAAAUGUUUUCACAAUCUUCGCGAAACGUGACAAACCGGAGACCACAAGGUUCACCAGUGUACAGCAGCAAGGUGUCAACACACUUAAACAGGACCACUGGCUUUUCAACCUGCCAACAUUUUGCAAGCUAUGGCUAAAAUCCAUCAAAAGGAAACAUAGCAACAUUAGAAUUAAAAAG